AUGACCGUCACUACCAACAAGCCCAAGGCGUCCCAGGACAUCACGCUGGGGCAGCUGGACCACUACAAGGAGAACUUUGACGCCGACAUCAAGAACAAGCUAGCAACACUGACAAUCUCUCGCGAGGGUUACAGCAAUGCACUCGAGAACCGCUAUGUGUUCACGCAGCACCCGCCAGUGUUUUCGAACAAGCUUGCGAUUGACGCGCCGAUCACGAACCAGAAGAGCAGCGGGCGGUGCUGGCUGUUUGCCGGCCUGAACAUGCUGCGGCAGGGCAUGAUGAACGAGCACAAUCUUGAGGAGCUCGAGCUUUCGCAGCCGUAUCUCUUCUUCUACGACAAGCUAGAGAAGGCAAAUUGGUUCCUGGAGAACAUCCUGACGACCAUCGACGAUGACCUUGAGGGGCGGGUGGUGCAGUACCUGCUGAAGGACCCGGUGGGCGACGGCGGCCAGUGGGACAUGUUUGUGGCUCUGAUUGAAAAGUACGGUGUGGUGACCAAGGCUGCGUAUCCUGAGACGUUCCAUACGUCGAGCUCCGGGCAGAUGGACAAGCUGAUUACGUCCAAGCUGCGCGAGUACGCAAAGGACCUGCGCGGUAUGCAUGCCAAGGGGGCGAAGGUCUUGCAGCUGCGCGCAAUGAAGGACCAGAUGCUCGAGGAGAUCCACAAGAUCCUGGUGAUCUCGCUUGGCCACCCGCCGGCAAAGUUCGACUGGGUGUUCUACGACAAGGACAAGGGGUUCCACGAGUUCUGCAACCUGUCGCCGCUGCAGUUCUACCAUGACCACGUCAAACUCGACUGCAAGCAGACGGUGUCGUUGAUCCACGACCCACGCAAUGCAUACAUGAAGAAAUACACGGUCAAGUACCUCGGCAACGUGGUGGGUGCCGAGGAUGUCCACUAUAUUAAUCUGCCUGUGGAGGAGCUCAAGAAGUAUGCAGCCAAGGUGAUCAAGGACGGGCGGCCCGUGUGGUUUGGGUGCGAUGUAGGCCAGUUCCACUCGCGCGACAAGGGCAUGAUGGACACGGAGCUGAUUGAUUACAAGACCGGGUUUGGGUUCGGCAUCAAUGUGACCAAGGCCGAGCGCCUGCAGUAUGGAGAUAGCAUGAUGACCCACGCCAUGGUUCUGACUGGUUUGCACAGCGAGGAGGGCAACAAGGUUGUGCGUUGGCGUAUCGAGAACUCAUGGGGCGAGGACUACGGCAACAAGGGGUACCUGACGAUGACGGACCGCUGGUUCGACGAGUUUGUGUACCAGAUCGUGCUCGAGAAGAAGGACCUGCCCAAGGAGAUCCUGGAUGUGCUUGACCAGGAUGCGGUGGUUCUGCCGCCGUGGGACCCAAUGGGGGCUUUGGCACAGUAG